GUGUGUGUGUGUGUGUGUGUGUGUGCGCGCGCUCGCUCAAGGGUGGAUGACACGACCUCACCGCGGAUGUACACAUGACGGUAGAGUUUAGGCGAAGCCAGCAUGUCGGAGAGACACCGGGCGCUGCCGCCCUGGAUGGCGGAGGCGAGAGCGGAAGAAAAGGAGCCGCUGGGGAGCAGGAGAAAACGGAAAGCCGCACGAGCUGCUUUCUACUGCAUGAACGAGAAAGAGCUGGUAGAAGCAGCUGUUUCGUAUCUUACCACCGGUGCCUGCCAGGAUGUGGCUCUUCUCACUGACCACAAGGUUGAAGACGAGGCGGGAGGCACCACUGUGAAGAAACCAGCCUCCUCGAAGACAAAAGCAAAGCCAGUGACAGAGGCUUUAGAGGAGGAGUCUUCAGACUGCAGUGAUGCCCAGGAGACCACAUAUGUUUCAGAAACAGACUUGGACAUUACUGAGGCGGAAACGGUGCCAUACGCCGAGAAGCAGCAGCGUCAGGGACCUGAGGGUCAGAGGUCAGGACCCACUGAACUGGAGGCUGAGAAAAGAGAGGAGUGCUCACAGACGCUGUCAGAUGCAGCGGAGGAUGACGCCUUGCGGCUUGUGCGGGAAAUUUUUUUCACCUGAUGAUGAACUUCAUUGAAUGCCACACAAAUGUGUUCACUUAGUACCUUGUAAAAUGUUUGCAACAACGGAAACAGACCCUCUUAUAGGGGAACGUUACCUAAAUUACAAACAAAUUAAUUAACAAAUUAAUUAAGUUACUCAGUCUUAAUUGAGUGAAAAAAACUCAAUUUGAGUCUUUAAGCAGCCAGGACACUUGUGUCACUGAGAUAAAUCAUAGUGCUGAUCCUUUCAUGGUCAAAUGUGAAACACAUGGCGGCUGUGGUAACGUUACAGUAUAUCACCACAGCUGUUGUAAAGUCUACGUGUAUGUAAACCCCAUCCUUUCUGAAGUUUCCACCAACAAAGUACUAAACACGUUACGCUUUAGUUUCAAUGAUUUUAGUGGGUGCUGUAGCUGUGGUCUCUUUGUAGGAGGGCAAACAAAAAGGAUCAUUUCCAUGCAGCAAUCAGUGUCAGUGAAGCAGCGCCAGUUUUUCUCUGGAUGACCCCACAGAUUAAAGUCUAAUAUUCAGACUGAGCCGGAAGAUCAUAGAACAUACGCUUACAUUUAUUUGUGUGUAAAAUACUGUGUGUACCGAGACAUUAUAGUUAACGGUAUGUUCCAGUCGAUUUAACAAAGGCAAGGUGAACUGAAGCACAAUGUAUCAUUAAAUCUGUCAGGUCUUAGCUCUGUUUUUUGGUUUUCAUUAGCAUAUGCCACAAAACAAAAAUGUAACCACUGUUUACCGAAAACAUAUC